AGAUACUCUCCUUCCUUCCUGUUUAAAGAACCAGCGAAAUAAAAAAUCAACAUGUCUGCAUUCAGGAGCAUAGUUCUACUACCAUGUACAGCGGGAAGAGUCAUUGGUCGACGUGGUACAAAAUCUCAACAUGAUGGAAGCCUAUCAGCUGUUGUUAUACUAACAGUCAUUUUCGCUCUUACCUCAGCCAAUAUAGUGGUGACAAUCUAUGAACCAACAGAACCAAAAGGAUCAUUCGAUAUGACUUAUAUACUGUUGGUGUCAUUACAAAGUUUUGGCCUUCUUUCUUGUAUUUGUCUACCAAUCUUACUCAAAACCAAUAUCAUCAUUUCAGAAAACCAGGAAGUUAAACCAGCAAUUAAAAUAAGACUCUUUUUUCUGUGUAUCUUUGCUUUUGGUGGAUUAUUUCACAUAUCGACACAUCUAGCAUGCAACAUUUCAGGAUUUAUGAUAAGUUACAACCAAUUUUUCAAGUCAGAAAUUAUUUGUAACAUUCUUUGUAUUUUAUGUUAUCCCGUACAGACAGUGGUUGUAGUAGUGUUGGUUCAAUAUAAACUUAAACCGUCAGUUCUUGUUCAUUACUUGCUUAUUUUCCAAAUAGGAACAUAUAUUUCUUUUUGGAGUUAUUACUUGCUCCAGGGUCUUCGAGGACCUUCAAAGGAAGGAGUAAUCAACCAUGAAGUUUGUGGGAACAACACCGAUCUCAUUGAAUUGUUUGAUUCAACAGAGCCAUUUCUUGCACCUAUUGUUAUAGCAUUUACGUUGAUGGUGGUUUUAUUACUGGCUUCAACGUGGCCUGAAACUACUAUUCUACAGGCGUUCCCGAUUAGCCAAUUAUCGGUAGACAUCACCGAAGAAACCGAACUUAUAGCAGAAAGAUCACCCGAAAAUAUGCCAACAGGAUACCGGUCGGUUUCUAAAAAAUCUAGUUUUGCAUUUCUGUGUGGAAUUGUCAUCAAUAUUCCGUUGUUGAUUUUUACAUGUCUUUAUGACGAACAUUCAAGUGACCAAGUAACAUUAGCGUUUUAUGUAAUCGCACUUACUUCCAAAAUCAUUCUGUUUGUGGCUAUUUCGAAAGGAUACUACUUAAUUUCAAAAGAUUGCAAAGUUUUGCUUAGCCGCGUCAAAAUUAUCACUCUUCCAAACUGUCUUCUAAUUUUUGGAUUAUGGGGAAUGGUUUUUUUCGAAAAUCUAAAUUUUAUCAGCGUUUAUAGCGAAGGCUGGACCAAUGUUAAACUUGUAUUUUUAUUUCAGAACAUAUUAGCGUCAUUAACUGCUCUGCAGUUGACAAUCUUUUUACUACAAAUGAAGCAUUACGAAAAACGAAGACGUCCUCUGACUUGGUCAUCAAUAGAAAUAAACUGUAUUUUUCUUGUGGGAUUUUUACUGGUAUACUGGGUUAUUGAUACUUUCAUUGCAUCGCAUGACCUUAUAUCAACUACUGGUACUUCGUACGGGAAUUCAGUUUUAAGUGUUAUGGGACAUAUUGUUUUCCCGUUUGUUUUAUUUUUUAGAUUUCAGUGUAUUUUGCAGCUCUAUGAGAUUUAUAAGAUUUUUGGAACCUGAUAACAUCAUUUUAUUUACAGCGAAAACUAACAAGUUGAUAUCUGUAUAUAUGAAUAUUGUAUUUGAUAAUGUUUAUAUCUCUUGCAAUUCUUUAUAUGUAAGUAGUAAUGAGUAAAGUUUUUCGAUAUAUCCACCACGCCUUGUAUACUUGUAUUUUAGUAACGUUCAACUGUAGGCGUUUUGGAUGAUCAACCGAAAUGAAGGUAUAACAGUCAUUCGUAGACUACUAAUAUUAUAAAUAAGUCAUAUUUGAAACACAAUUAUGUCGUAGUGAGUACCGAGUUAUAAUUCUUAGUCUGAAUGGACAGAUGAAUCAUUCAAAGUAUUUUUUUUCUUAGUUUUGAAAAAAAACCAAAUUACACGAUUUUGUUCAAAGUGAAUGUAUGGAGUUCUUUUUUCAAUAAAUAUAUAAAAAAACCAGUCCUAUUUUUCUGUAACUAUACAAGAUAAAAAAUAUUCGAUAAUUGAAUUACUCAAUGAGCGGCAGCUAUAAAACCAGGUUCAGUCCCCCAUUUUUACUUAAGAAAAUGUCUUUACCAAGUCAGAAAUAUGACAGUUGUUAUCCAUUCGUUUUAUGUGUUUAAGCUUUAGAUUUUGCCAUUUGAUUAGGGACUUUUCCUUUUUGAAUUUUCCUCGGAAUUCAGUAUUUUUGUGAUUUGA